AGUCAUCACGGGUGGGGGUUCCGGCAUUGGGCUAAUGAUCAGCUCAACACUGAUCGCGAAUGGUGCUACUGUCUAUAUCAUUGGACCAUCCCAGGCUGAUUUGGACCAAACUUGCGACAAGCUCAAUAGCGCAGCUGCUAACAUCCCUGGAGCCGGUACAAUGCAUGGAAUCGAAGGAGACGUCCGUUUGAAGUCAGAAGCCAAGCGUCUAGCUGAUGAAAUCGGGAAACGAAAACAUUACGUUACGGCCCUCUUCAACAACGCUGGUAUUCUCAUAGGCAGAUUUAAGCCACCAGCAACCCCCACGGCAUCGGCAUACGUAUCGAGUUUCUUCGACGAUAUCGCUCAAGAGGCUUUCGAUGACACCUACAACACGAAUGCCGUCGGACCGUACUGGCUAACGUUCGCCUUCUUGCCAUUGCUCGAAAAGUGGAAGCUGUCAGAUAAUCCAGUCACUAAGAAAUUUGGACCGCAGAUCAUCAUGACUAGCAGUAUGAACGGAUGGACGAAGGACUCGGCAACUUCGGGACUGUCAUACCCGUAUAUGUUCUCAAAAAGUGCCAUCGGACAUGCCACUUCUUCCCUCGCUCAUGAACUGCUCCCGUUGGGUAUUAGAGUCAAUGGAAUUGCGCCAGGUCUUUUCCCAAGUGCAAUGACUCUUCCCGGUGCUCCUACUGACGAGAUCGGAACCGCGAUUGUUCCUCCGAACCUUAAAAAGGGAUUCGAGGUUCCCGUAGAGCAAAGGUGGGGUAAACCACGUGACGUUGGAUCGCUCGCGCUCUUCUUGCUCGCGAAUUGGUAUGUCACUGGAGAAACAGUACUAAUCGAUGGCGGCACGCUCCUGAAGCAUCCAUCUUCUUAUUGAUCGGCGACUGGGGGAGGGUAUAAUGAAUAACAAUAACGAUAGCGAUAACGAUACAGUUGACUAUGCAGAUAACACAGAGAGAA